AUGGGACGAUGGUCAAAUUCAUGGCGUGUUCCCAAGGGCGUAGAAACGCCACCGGGCUCAGACUUUGACGUCGAGGCCAUCCUGAAGCUGGGCAUACCGUCGAUUCGGCGCUCUGAUGGGCCUAAUGGCAUACGGGGCACUCGGUUCUUUGGCAGCGUAUCGUCGGCAUGCCUUCCCUGCGGCAUGGCCAUUGGGGCCACAUUCGACCAGGAGCUAGCUCGGGAGAUUGGGCAUCUUCUCGCUGACGAAGCCAGAGCAAAGGGCGCCCACGUCAUCUUGGGACCUACCGUCAACAUUCCCCGGGCGCCUCUGGGCGGCCGCGGUUUCGAGUCGUACUCGGAAGAUCCCGUACUGUCCGGCUUGAUGGCGGGAGCAUUAACACGAGAACCAGCGGCCCGGUCCGAGCUUUCUGGGGAGCGGCACGAUGGAAGAGACAGCUUCUGUCGAGCUUGUCAAGAGCCCCAGACGUACGAAAUUCUGGUGCAAUGGGGCUGCGCCAAGACAAGCAAGCUGAAGGUGCCCGCCACUGUUGACUUUGGACACGGCGGUUUCCGCAUCAGCGGGUGUAGGCGCCUUGAUCUGGCUCAGGGUAUUGCAGACGCUGUCGAGCUGGCAAAAAAUAGCGACCAAGUCAUUUUGUUUGCCGGCUUGAGCGGAGAAUGGGAGUCGGAGGGUGAGGACAGAGAGACCUUGGAUCUUCCACCUUGCACUGACGACUUGAUUGAUAGGGUGCUCGAAGCCAAUCGUAAUACCGUCAUCGUCAUCCAGAGCGGGACACCUGUGCUCCUGCCUUGGAUUCACAAGGCCAAAGACGUGCUGCAUGCCUGGUAUGGCGGUAACGAGACGGGCAAUGGUAUUGCCGAUGACGUUUUCCAGACGUCUAGAGGAUCACUCUGCGAGUCUCAAUUAUCGAUCCGAGGGUGGCAGGUGUUUGUAUGGCGAGGAUGUAUCUUCAGUUACGAGAAGAAGGAGACGCUUUCUUAG